AUGAAGAAGACGCCGGCGUCGCUCGCUCUGUUGUGUGUAGUCCUGGCUCUCGCCUUGGCCGCCACCACCGUCUCGGCCCAGUACGGCAGCGGCUUCGCCGUGGUGUCCGGCAAGUCUCUCUGGGUCUACGGCGACCCGUCGUCGCUGGACAUGUGGCUGGCCAACAAGGUCCCGCUCUCGCUCACGGCCAACCCCGUCUCCGCGGCCGCCGGCUCCCCCCAGCUGCUGUCCUACAACGUGACCCAGUGGGUAGGCGACGAGCUCACGGGCCAACUCAUCUCCGACCUCGCCUUCGUCCCCCUCGCCAACAAC